AUGGCCUUGCGGUCUCCUGCCAGUGCUGCCCCAUAUGCCCUGCUGGCCUUCAUAGUUUUCAGGUUGCCCUCCUGGGCCUGUCUCCUCUGUUUCACCACCUACCCUGAGCGCCUCCGUGUAUGCCAGAUGUUUGCUGGGAUGGAGGGUCCUGAGCUCGAGAAGUGCAAGGAGGCCUUCACAGUUGCCUUUGAGAACCUCUCAUACAGUGAAAUCAACUACGAUGAGAGAAGCCACCUGCAUGAUGCCUUCACUCAGAUGACCCACUCCCUUCAGGAGAUGGCGGCUGCCCAGUGGUCCUUUCUGGUUGCCUUUCCUGAUGCCGUGGAGAAAAUGAAGAAUGUUAUUAUUCAGCUUAAAGAAGUCCAGGCCUGCAUCCCUCCCUGCGGACUCCAGGAAGCCUCCCGGCGUUUCCGCUGCCGCGGCUGCUACUCCACCGUCUGCGACCUCCCGCUGGACUGCCCAAUUCAGGACGUGACGGUGACCCGGGGUGGUCAGGCUAUGUUUUCUUGCGCUGUGAACUUCUCGCUUCCAAAGGAGGAGAUCACCUAUUCCUGGAAGUUCGCAGAAGGAGGUCUCCGGACUCAGGACGUGACCUACUUCCGAGAUGUGCCACGAGCCGAAGGAUACCUGGCGCGGAUCCGGCCGGCGCAGCCCACGCACCAGGGGACCUUCUCCUGCGUGAUUAAGCACGACCAGCGCCCCCUUGCGCGGCUCUAUUUCUUUCUUAAUGUGACGGGCCCGCCUUCGCGCGGGGAGACCGAGCUCCAGUUCAAGUUUCGGGAAGUGCUGCUGUGGGCUCCGCGGGACGCGGAGAUGAUCGAGCCCUGGAGACCCAGCCUGGGAGAGCUGCUGGCCAGGCCCGAAGCUCUGACGCUGAAAAACCUGUGUCUGCUCGCGGCUGCCGCGGCCUUCGCAUCAGCGAGUGCGAUGCUGCUGAUUUGGAUGUUCUUUCGAUGGUACUUUAGCGGCAACUAA